AUGGAGUUUUGCGAGAUGAGUAACGAUGAUCUCUGGGCGAACCUUCAUUCUGAUCUGUUGAAUCAGAUUGUUAAAUACAUACAUUCUUAUGAGGAUUACGCUCGACUUCGACUUGUUUGUAAAUCGUGGAGUUUGACACUUGCAAAGACUCCGGAGCACAACUAUCCAUGGCUAGUGUUGUUAUCGUCAGCUGAAGAAGAUUCUGUUGAAACUCGUAGUCCAAGAGAGAAAGAGAUUAAUCAAAUGAGAUUGCCGCAUAUGCAGAACCAGGUGUUUCGUGGGUCUUGUCGUGGAUUCCUAGUCAUCCUUGGUUUAUCUGAUGGAGCGUUGCAUUUAUUGAAUCCAUUUACAAAGGUUCGCUUUGAUCUUCCCCCAAUCUCAACUUUACCACAUAUAGUUGAUUAUUUGCCUGAAAAUAUUGGGAAUGAAUAUGUUAUACGGAAUAUGGUGGAUGGCUCGACUCGAACUGUAGAGCGAAUUCAUGUGAAUAAAAGAUCGAUCUACAAGAUAAUUAUUUCUUCUCCUCCAGAUCGUGACACACAUGAUUUCAUGGCUGUAGUUUUAUACGAUGAUUAUCAUAGAUUGGGUUUCUAUAGAACUGGUGACGGUGGUUGGACAGAUAUACCAACGACGAAAGCACAUAGAUGUGAAUUUGAAGACGUUAUUUUUAACGAAGGAAAGAUAUAUGCUAUUGACAGCAAAGCUCAACUUUAUGAAUUUGAUAUGCAUACGAAACCUAUACCACUAGGAGGAGCUACUAAAGCCAAACCUCCAGUUGGAAUUCCACUAUCUCGUGGCCCUUUCAAUCGGAACUUCAAGUAUCUGGCUGGACAUGGUAAGGACAGGUUGUUAAUGGUGGCGAGGCAUUUUGUCUAUCCUCUUGAUGCUGAUGAUGAUGCAGAUGUGCAUAGGACUAAUGCAUUCAGUGUAUAUAUGUUGGCCAAUAAUGAACUUGUGUGGUCCAGAGUGUAUAAUAUAGGGAACUAUGCCUUAGUGCUGGGAUUAAAUUCAUCUUUCUCUAUGCCUUGUGCUUCUUCUUAUACCAAACCAAAUCAUAUUUACUACACCGAUGACGACGAAGAAGAACAUCAUUAUGUAAGAGACGUAGUAGGCUUCAACUUUCGUGUUGUUGGUGGUCACGAUAUCGGUGUGUUUGAUUUGGAAGGCGGUGGCAAUAAUCAUCUCUUCCCACCACCAUUUCUUCUCCCUCCUCCAAUUUGGUUGUGCCCAUGA